AUGGAUUUCAACAUGAUGCAAUGUAUAUACCAUGAAGAAAUCCUUCAAGUUUUCAAAUGUUGGAAAGAGCUUGGUUUAUCAGAGGAGUUGAAGCUCGCUAGGAAUCAACCGCCGAAAUGGUACAUUUGGUCAGUGACAAUGGUUACCAAUCCAACUAUGUCAAGGCAAAGGAUAGAGAUUACCAAGCCAAUCUCUCUUGUCUAUUUCGUGGAUGACAUUUUCGAUGUUUAUGGUACUCUUGAUGAACUUAUUCUUUUCACAAAAGCAAUCAAUAGAUGGGAAGUUACCGAUAAAUUACCAAGUUACAUGAAAAUGUGUUUUAAGGUAAUUCAUGACACAACACAUGAGAUCAGCAACAUAGUUUACCAAGAGUUUGGAUGGAACCCUAUAGACCAUUUGAAAAAAGCGAAGCAAAGUGGUUUGCUUCUGAGAAUUCACCAAAGGGCAGAGGAGUACUUGAAAAAUGGUAUAAUAAGCUCAGGAAUACCCAUGGUCCUCACCAACCUCUUCUUUCUCUUGGGCUAUGGUGAAUCCACUGGGACCACAGAUAUUGAGAGCAUUAUAUCUUCAGUUGCUGCAAUUCUUCGCUUCCUAGAUGACCUAGGAACUGCAGAGGAUGAGGGACAAGAAGGAAAUGAUGGAGCUUACAUGGAGUACUACAUGAAAGAGCAACAAGGUUGGUCAUUAAGUGAUGGAAGGCAGCAUGUUCUGGAUAAGGUUUCCAAGGAGUGGAAGCUACUAAAUAAGCACUGCCUCUCGCCAACUACAAUUCCAACAUCUUUCAAAACAGCUUGCCUAAAUGUAGCGAGAUUGGUUCCAAUGAUGUACGCUUACAACGACAACCAUCGCCUUCCUGUCCUUGAAGAGUAUGUCAAGUUCAUGUUUUCCAAUAUCAAGGAAGACUUGAUGUGGUGA